GCGGCGGCGAGGGGAGCGGGCGGAGGCCUGGCGGCCGGGCAGGGACGCCAUGGCGGCGGCCGAGACGAAGAUCAUCUACCACCUGGACGAGCAGGAGACGCCGUACCUGGUGAAGCUGCCGAUCCCGGCCGAGCGCGUCACCCUCGGCGACUUCAAGGGCCUCCUCAACCGCCCCAACUACAAGUUCUACUUCAAGUCCAUGGACGACGACUUCGGGGUGGUGAAAGAAGAAAUCUCGGAUGACAAUGCCAAGCUUCCUUGCUUCAACGGCCGGGUGGUGUCCUGGCUGGUGUCUGCAGAGGGUUCGCAUUCAGAUGCUGGCUCGGUCUGUGCCGAUAACCAGACAGAGCUGCCACCCUCCAUGGAGCGCACGGGAGGAAUUGGAGACUCCAGGCCCCCCUCUUUCCACCCUAACACUGGGGGGAGUCGGGAAAACCUGGACAACGAGACAGAGACAGACUCGGUGGUGUCGUCGCAAAGGGAACGACCCCGUCGGAAGGAUGGGCCUGAGCAUGCACCCAGGGUGAAUGGGACAGUGAAGGGAGAGCGACGCCGAGACCUGGGAGGGUACGAGAGCUCCUCCACGCUCAUGAGCAGUGAGCUGGAGACCACCAGCUUCUUUGAUUCAGAUGAAGAUGAUUCCACCAGCAGGUUUAGCAGUUCGACAGAGCAAAGCAGUGCUUCCCGUCUAAUGAGGAGGCACAAGCGGCGCCGGCGGAAACAGAAGGCUCCACGCAUUGAGCGGUCAUCGUCCUUCAGCAGCAUCACAGACUCCACCAUGUCCCUGAACAUCAUCACAGUCACGCUGAACAUGGAGAAAUACAACUUCCUGGGCAUUUCUAUUGUGGGACAGAGCAACGAGCGUGGGGAUGGAGGCAUUUACAUUGGCUCUAUCAUGAAGGGUGGUGCUGUGGCAGCUGAUGGCAGGAUUGAGCCAGGAGACAUGCUUUUGCAGGUAAACGACAUCAACUUUGAGAACAUGAGCAACGAUGAUGCUGUGCGGGUGCUGAGGGAGAUUGUGCACAAGCCGGGGCCCAUCACCCUGACGGUGGCCAAGUGCUGGGACCCCAGCCCCCGGGGCUGCUUCUCGUUACCCAGGAUUGCUCCCCAGCGGAUCUGGGCUGGGCCAGACUCUCCAUGCUCCGAUCCGGGUGAGCCCAUCCGGCCCAUCGACCCGGCAGCCUGGGUGUCUCACACAGCAGCGAUGACUGGCACCUACCCAGCGUACGGUAUGAGUCCAUCCAUGAGCACAAUCACUUCCACCAGCUCCUCCAUCACCAGCUCCAUCCCAGAGACCGAACGCCUCGAUGACUUUCACCUGUCCAUCCACAGCGACAUGGCCACCAUUGUGAAAGCCAUGGCCUCCCCAGAGUCAGGCCUGGAGGUGCGUGACCGCAUGUGGCUGAAGAUCACCAUCCCCAAUGCCUUCAUUGGUUCAGAUGUUGUGGAUUGGCUCUAUCACCAUGUGGAGGGCUUUACAGACCGUCGUGAGUCCCGCAAAUAUGCCAGCAAUCUGCUGAAGGCUGGCUACAUCCGACACACCGUGAACAAGAUCACCUUCUCGGAGCAAUGUUACUACAUCUUCGGGGACCUCUGUGGAAACAUGGCUAAUCUGUCUCUUCACGAUCACGAUGGCUCCAGUGGCGCCUCCGAUCAGGACACUUUGGCUCCACUCCCCCACCCGGGAGCUGCACCCUGGCCUAUGGCUUUCCCAUAUCAGUAUCCACCACCUCAUCCAUACAACCCCCACCCUGGCUUCCCAGACCCAGGCUACAGCUACGGAGGGGGCAGCGCGGGCAGCCAGCACAGUGAAGGGAGCCGGAGCAGCGGUUCCAAUCGCAGCGGCAGCGAGAGGAGGAAGGAGAGAGAGAAGACCGGGGAGUCCAAGUCGGGCGGCAGCGGAAGCGAGUCAGACCACACCACGAGGAGCAGCAUGCGGCGUGAGCGCGCGGCCAGCGAGCGCUCGGUGCCGGCCAGCCAGCACAGCCAGCGCAGCCAGCAUUCCCUGGCUCACAGCAUCCGCAGCCACCACAGCCAGCAGUCCUACGGGCCGCCCGGCCUCCCCCCUCUCUUCAGCCCCCCCAUGUUGCUGAUGCCUCCGCCGCCGUCAGCCAUGGGCCCCCCCGGGGCGCCGCCGGGCCGUGACCUGGCCUCUGUGCCCCCCGAACUGACGGCCAGUAGACAGUCCUUCCGAAUGGCCAUGGGCAACCCCACAAAGAAUUACGGGGUGUUUGACUUUCUCUGAGCCUGCAGCCCAUGGGGGGGAGAGCUGGAGCGUGGCGUGGCCCGACAGGAGGACACAGAGCUCCAGGGGCGCUGGGCACGCAUGGUGCUGAAGAUGGCUUCUUUCCUCCCCCUUGUGGAAGACCCCCUGCCCUUCCCGCAGGGACCAGCCUUAUAUAUGCGUUUUAAAUCCCGUUGUAGUUGCCUUUUGGCUAAUGCAUGAAUGUUCUAGGGCUUCAGUGCCUCUGGGGAGUGGAGAGAUGCCACCACUUGCCUCUUGCCUCCCUCAUGCCCACAUGUUGGGCCAGGUGCGAGUCUGACGCUGCCCCAUGGCAGAACCCUCCUCACCUUGCCCAGGCCAUGGGUCUUGGGGCUGGGGCCGUCCCUCUGCCUUCAUCUCGGAGCGGUGGAGGGUCCCUGCGCAGCCCUGUGCGACUCGGGGCCCUACCCUUGGGUGCUCAGGGAGGGGGUUUAAGGGCAGGGUUCUGCUCCCUCCGUCCUGCUCUUUGCCCUUCUGCUUGCGACAUGCUGCUGCCUGUGCCCUGCCUGGCAGUGGCAGCCGAGGCCGUCUCCCUCCUGCUGCCAUGCUGCUGCUCAGCAAUGUGACAUCCUCAGGGGCCCGGACAGUGUUAUAGGUGGGGGUGGGGGGCACAAAUGGUUCAAUUUCACACUUUGGGGAAAGGUGGAGGUCCCCUGUGUGUGCCCUCCACAGGGCCUGAGUCUGCCUCCCCCUCUGCCGGGAGGGAGGAUGCUCUGGGAUGGAGCCGGACGGUCCCUCUCCCUCCAGGCUGUGACGGCGGCAGCAGUAGUCCCCGGGGCGGGGGGUGGCAGCCUGGACCCCAGCCUCUGAGCUGGGAGCCUGCGGAUGUGUCGGCCAGAGGAUCUGUUGGCUCCGGUGCUCCCUGCCCUUUUUCCUUUCUCUUCUGGGUACUCGGGGACGUGCCCCGGGCUGGGGGCAGCCCCUUCCCCGUGCCCGGAGCCAAGCACGGUACAGCAGGGACACGCUCAGCCCCCGGUGCUGGGUCGCCGUGGCUUCCUCUGCAAGCGCCGCCGCCUCUUGUCUGUUUGUUUGCAGUUUUUAUACGCCGGAGAUGAAUCGCAUUGUGCUCCUCGGGGGUCUGCAUUGCCCCCCGCCCCUCGUCCCCCCGUGGCUGCCCAGCGCCUCUCCUCUCCCCCUACCC